AUGGGUGACUAAGAGCCUUUAAAAAGCAAGGAAGAUUAUUUUAUAAAUCGUCUUGCUUGCUCAUUCAACAUAAGAAAUUCAAUUUAAUAAGACAAAUUCAAGAAAUCUUUUGAAGCUGAAGAUAAUAAGUAAUAUAUGUGUUUUAAUUUAUUAGAUUGGUGUUUGAUAGACUAAUGAAGGAUGAAAGCAAUAUGAUGGCUGUAUUUGCCAUUCAAUCUGGAGCAGAGUCUGUUACAUUAUUUUCAGAUGUUCCUCAUCCAGAUAAGUUCAGAAAGAAAGGACUUAUUGCACUCAAAAUAUCAGAGAGCCCAUUGUCAGUAUAGAAUAUCACUCAUAAUAUUGUGUUUUUGGAAUUAACAAGAAAUGUAACAAUCUUAAAUUAUUUUAGAUUUUGGAGCAUUUAUACUCAACUUUUUAUGAAAUAAUGAGUCCUAUUCUCUAGAAUCCAAGUAAUUAAUAAGGAUGGACAGACUUGGUAGCAAAAGACUUAAUGGAAAAGUUCAAUGCAUAUGUUGCCCAAGUUUAUGUAAUGAUAGGUUAGAUCGAAGGAAGAACUAAAUUGGUAUUAUUAUAUUGUUAAUUUUAAAGCCUAUUCCUUCACACAAGUUAACUUAAUCAGAUACAACUCCAGCUAAAGACAAAGCACAUGUAUAUGAAAGUUCAAUUAUAACAUGGACAAAAUAAAUAAAGAAUGUAUUGAAAUUGGAACCUGAAUAAGCCUUAAAAAACGGACACAAUCCAGGACCUUUAGUGGAAUUGAAGUUUUGGGAGAACAAAGCUGCCAAUCUUAAUAGUAUAAAGGAAUAAUUGGAAGGAACAGAAGUCAUUAAGAUUUUAAGAUUUUUGGAAGUGAACAAAUCAACAUACACAAAUCCAUUUUCAAAAUUAUAAAGGGAAGUAACAAAGGCAAGAGAAGAAGCCAAUGAUAAUAAUAAAUUUUUAGAUUUAUUAAAAGAUCCCUUUUAAAGACUAUAAGAUACUGGUGGAGACUUUUAGGCUUUACAUGAAUUAUUCAUUCCAAUAAUGCAUAGAAUUCUUUUGAUUUGGAAAAAUUCUAAAUUUUAUAAUACUCCUCCAAGAUUAGUAGUUUUGAUCAGAGAGAUAUGCAAUGCAAUAAUUACAAAAGCAUAAGACUUUGUAAAUGGACCAAUGAUAUUCUAAAUGAUAAGUUCAGAAGAAACAUUUGAGGCAUGUGAAAAAUUGUAGAUUACUAUUGAUGUUUGUACAAAGUUUAAGGAUGCUUACUUUGAAUAUAAAGCCAAAGCUGAAGGUCAUUGGAAAUUGACUACAAAUGCAUUAUUUGUUAGAUUGGAUUCAUUUUUAGAAAGAUGUCAUGAUAUUUUACAUUUAACAAAUACUAUAGUUUAAUUUAAUAAAUUAGCCAAGAUUGAUCUUGGUGGUACAAAAGGAAAAACAUUAACUGAAUCAGUUUAAUAAAUAUUUGUUGAAUUUUAGAAAGCUGUUGAACAAUUUUAAUAAGUAAAAUAUGAUAUUAUGGAUAUAACAUAAAAAGAAUUUGAUGAUAGUUUUUAUGAAUUUAGAUCUAAGAUUAAAGAAUUAGAAAGAAGAUUAGCUUCAGUAAUUACAUAAGGAUUUGAUGAUUAUGAUACAUUACAUGGAAGAUUCAAAUUAUUAGAUAGUUUUGAAGGUUUGUUAUCCAGACCAAUUAUCUAAGAUGAAUUGGAGAAAAAACAUAUUGUAUUAUUAGAUAUGUACAAAUAAGACUUGAAAUAAGUCUAAUAAAUCUUUUUGGAAGGUUAUGAAUUAGUUGAUAAAUUACAUGAAAGAGCACCAAUCUAUAAUAAUAUGCCUCCUAUUGCAGGAGCAUUGAUGUGGUGCAAAGGAUUAAGAGAUAGAAUUACAGAACCUUUAGAUAAAUUGGCAUAAUUGGGAUAAGGUAUAACAGAAAGAGAAGAAUAUAAGGAUGUAUUGAAAUUAUAUUAAUCAAUAACAAAAUAAAUAAAGGAUUAUGAAUAAACAAAGAUUUUGAGUUGGGAAUAAGAAGUAGGUAAAGUAUCAGAAGAAAAAUAAAAGUAACCUUUAUUAUCAAAAGAUGAGAAUGGAUUGUUAAGAGUUAAUUUUGAUCCUGCUUUAGUUAGAUUAUUAAGAGAAGUGAAAUAUUUCACAUUGCUUGAAUAACCAGUUCCUGAAUCUGCCUCAGAAUUAUAUUCUAAAAAUGAUACUUUUAGAGAAUAUAUUGUUUAAUUGGAAAUGAUUGUUGAGAAUCAUAAUUUUAUUGUAACUUAAUUACAUCCAAUGGAAGAACCUUUGAUAAAGAAUAGAAUUGAAAAGAUGGAUGAAGUUUUGAAACCAGGUAUUGAACAUUACAAAUGGAAGAGUAAUGACAUUAAUAAAUUCAUUGAAACAGCUAAGGCUACUGUAGAUGAAUUACAUUAAAUAGUUUAAAAGAUGAAGGAAACUUUAAAAAAGAUAGAGUAAGCAUUAGAGAAAUUCAAUACUAAGAUAAUUGAGAGAAAGAAUAAACCUAUGUCUCCAGAUGAUUAUGAUCAAUUCUUAAAGGCAGUUGUUUAAAAUAAAUUAUCUAUUGUUAAAGAUAAUGGUACUUCAAUUAACAAACUUGUUAAAGAAGUUCUUGAUUAAGUUAAAGUUGAUAAAAAACAAUAGGCUUGGAUAAAUUAUCAAUAUUAUUUAAAUUCAAUUGUUAUUAAUGGUUUAGCAAGAGCCAUUAUAACUGCUUUAACACAUAUGAAUGAAUAAAUUAAUCCAUAAUAUAUUAAGAAACAUGAAAUUGCACCUUUGUUUGAUAUCAAAUUAGAAUUAUUUAGAAAUGUAGGAAUUCAAUAUGAACCUGAAAUAGAAGAAACUACAUAAGGAUAAAGUGUACGUAAUACAAUUAGAGGAUGGGCUAAUGAUAUGUUUUAUAUUGCAGGUCAAUUUUAAAGAUUAGAUUCAGCUAAUCCUUUUGGUGAUUAUUUACCAGAAAUUAGAGAAUAUUUUGAAAUUAAAGAAGUAGUACAAGCAAUCAAUCUUAAUUUAGAUUAAAUUGAAGAAGAAACUAAAUCAUUUAAAUAAUCUUAUAUGACUUAUAGUUAUUUAUGGUUAGAAGAUCCUAAGUAGGCUUUCGAAGAUUUCAUGUUAAAGAAUGAACCAAAAGAUGCACCUGAAGAUGAGGAUUAAUCUUAAAAUCCUUUAUUAUAAGGUUGUAGAAUAAAGAUUCCAAAAUUAGAUUUAUUUGAUGAUAAAAUUACAACAUUGAAAAAUAUUCAAUAAGAAAUCAAUAGAAUAAUGACACCUUAUGAAAUAUCAUGGUUGAGAAUUAAUUUAUAACCAUUGAAAAGUGCCCUUGAAAAUAAGGUUAGUCAAUAAAUAAAGGUUUACACUGAAUUUUUAGUUGUAUAAUUCAAAACUACAUUGAAAAACCUUAAAGGAUUUAUUCAAAGAACAAAUGAAGGAAUCAAAGAGAAUCCAGCAAGUGAAGAGAAUACUGGAAAUAGAGAUUUAUUAAUGAAAGUUAUGAGAGUUAUAUCAGAUGUUAAGGAUGUGGAACAUAAAUGUGAAGGAAUUGUUGUAAGAAUGAAAGAAAUGGUUAAUAAAUUAAAGAAACAUGGAGUUUAAAUAAUGGAGAAAGGAGAAGAAGAUCCAGUUUAAAGUAUUGAUAAUGCAUUUACUUAAUUUAAUGAAACAACUUAGAAAGUAUUUAAGAUUAAAGCUGAAAUUUUACCAUUAUAAACUUAAGAAACUAUUAAUAUUAAGAAGAAAUUAGAUGAAUUCUAAAAGAAGGUAUCAGACUUUAGAAAUGAUACUUUAAAUAAUUUACCUUAUGGUUAUCAUGAUGAUAUGAAGAUGGAUUAAAUAUUAUAUUCAUAUGUCACAAUUGAUGAUUACUAUAAAAAGUUAUUGUAGAUGGAGAAGGAGGCUGCAGAUUAUAAUUAAUUAGAGAAAUUAUUUGAAUUGGAAAAGAGUGGUUAUAAAUAAUUAAGAGAAACUAAUGUUGAUUUGAAAUCAUUAAAAAUAAUGUGGGAUGCUAUUUCAAUGGUCAAUUACUAAUAUAAUGAUUGGAAAUCUAAACCAUUCAGAUAAAUUAAGGCUGAUGUCUUAUUAGAAUCUAAUAAAGUAUUGGGAAAUUAAUUGAAAAAUUUACCAAAAGAAGUUAAGAAUUUCAAAGGAUAUAAUGCAAUUGUUGAUAAAGUUAAAAAUAUGUCUGUUGUUUUACCAUUAGUCUCUGCUUUACAUAGUGAAUUUAUGGAAGAUAGACAUUGGAGUUAAGUUAAAGAUAUGACUAAGAGUAAAUUUGAACAUAAAGCUAUGACAUUUUUGUUUGAUGAUAUUCUUGCUUUAUAAUUGUAUAAAUUUGAUGCAUAAAUAAAUGAAGUAGUGGAAGUAGCAUCAAAAGAAGCAAAAAUUGAAAAGAAAUUGAAGAUGAUUGAAACAGCUUGGUUGAAAUAAAUCUUUGAAUUUGAAGAUUAUAAAGAAACUAAAAUCUUUUUACCAUUAGAUAAUAUGAUGGAAAUGUUAGAUUAACAUUCUCUUGAUUUGAUGGGUAUGAAAGGAUAAGGUAAAUAUGUUGAAUUCUUUUACAAUACAGUAGAAGAUUGGAGAGAAAAAUUAGGUAGAGUUGAUUCUGUUGUUGGUGAAUGGUUGAAAGUUUAAAAGAAUUGGAAAACUUUAGUUAAUAUCUUUAUUGGAUCUGAAGAUAUUAGAAUGUAAUUACCAGAAGAUACUAAAGUAUUUGAAGCUGUUGAUAAAGAAUUUAGAGAACUUAUGACUGAAGUUGCAGCUAAUCCAUUGGUUAUUGAAGCAUGUAUUAAUGAAAGAAAGGAUUAAUUAGUUGCUAUGAGUUUAAAUAUUAAGAAAUGUGAAAAAGCUUUGAAUGAUUAUUUAGAAUAAAAAAAGAAAGCAUUCCCUAGAUUCUAUUUCUUGUCAAAUCAAUCUCUAUUAACUAUUUUAUCAAAUGGUUAAAAUCCACCUAAAGUUUGUGAAUUUUUAGGUGAUUGUUUCGAUGGAAUGAAAACACUUAGUUUUGAACCUUCUAAAAAUCCAAAUGAUGUUCCAAGAAGCACACAUAGUAUGAUUUCUAAAGAUGAUGAGAAAGUUCCAUUUUCAUCAAAUUUUGAAUGUGUAGGAGCAGUUGAACAUUGGUUAUCAGCAUUAGAAUAUAAAAUGAGAGAGACAUUAGAAGAAAUAUUAGAAAAGGCUAAAGAAACAUCAGAAAAUUGGGAAAGUGGUGACAAUCCUAGAGAAGAUUGGGUUAAAAAUUAUUGUGCUUAAAUUGCAUUGUUAACAACAUAAAUUGUAUGGACUGAAGAUGUUACUAGAGCAUUUGAAGAUUUGGCUGGUGGUGCUGAAACAGCCAUGAAAGAAUGUUUGAAAUUAAUUGAAGUUCGUAUUGAUAAUUUGAUUAAGAAGGUCAGAGGAAAUUUAGAAAUAUUAGAGCGUAUGAAAAUUAUUAAUAUUAUUACAAUCGAUGUACAUUCAAGAGAUGUUGUUGAAAAAUUCUGUCUUUAAAAAACCUAAGAAUUAGAAUCUUUUGCUUGGUUAUCAUAAUUAAAAUUCUAUUGGGAUAAUAAAGAUAAUGAUAUGCAUUUAAGAUAAGCACUUAGAUUUAAGUGGGAGAAAGAAAGAGAUAAAUCAAAAUGCAUUAUUAGAAUUGUAGAUUGGUUCAGAUUUUAUUCAUAUGAAUAUGUUGGUAAUGCAUUAAGAUUGGUCAUUACUCCAUUAACAGAUAGAUGUUAUAUUACAUUAACAUAAGCAUUGAAUCUUACAAUGGGUGGUGCACCUGCAGGACCAGCUGGUACUGGAAAGACUGAAACAACAAAAGAUUUGGGUAGAGCAGUAGGAUUACCAGUCAUGGUGUUUAAUUGUUCAGAUCAGAUGGGUAAAGAUUCUAUGGCUUAAAUCUUUAUGGGUUUGUCAUAAUCAGGAGCUUGGGGAUGUUUCGAUGAAUUUAAUAGAAUAGCAAUAGAAGUGUUAUCAGUCAUUAGUACACAAGUUAAAACUAUUUUGGAUGCAUUAAAGGAAAAGAAACCUAAAUUAAUAUUUAUGGAAGAAGGAGAAAUAUCAAUAUAAGACACAGUAGGAUUUUUCAUUACUAUGAAUCCAGGAUAUGCAGGUAGAACUGAAUUACCUGAAAAUUUGAAAGCAUUAUUUAGAUCAUGUGCUAUGGUUGUACCAGAUUUAGUAUUGAUUUGUGAAAAUAUGCUUAUGUCUGAAGGUUUCUAAUAAGCAAGAGCUUUAAGUAGAAAAUUCGUAUCUUUGUAUAUGUUAUCAAGAGAAUUAUUAUCAAAAGCUAGACAUUAUGAUUGGGGUUUGAGAGCAGUAAAAUCAGUGUUAAGAUAAGCUGGUAAAUUGAAGAGAGCAGAUCCAUAAAUAGCAGAGGAUCCAUUAUUGAUGAGAGCUCUAAGAGAUUUCAAUAUGCCAAAGAUUGUUACAGAUGAUAAACCAAUCUUUUUAGGUUUGAUAGGAGAUUUAUUCCCAAGAAUUGAAUGUGAAAGUAAAACAAAUCCUGAUUUAAAGAAAAUUGUAGUUGAUACAACUAAAUAAGAUAUGGGAUUAGUAGCUGAAGAAAUGUUUGUAUUAAAAGUAGUAUAAUUGGCUGAAAUAUUAGAAGUGAGACAUUGUGUAUUUGUGAUAGGUCCACCAGGUUGUGGUAAAACAAGUGUAUGGAAAACUUUGGCAAAGACUCAUUAAAAUAGAGGAGAAGAUUAUGAAUUAGAUACUCUAAAUCCUAAGGCAGUUACAUCAGAUGAAUUAUUUGGAUGUUAUACUAAAACAAAGGAAUGGAAGAAUGGUGUUUUAAGUAUGAUUAUGAAGAAUUAAAAUAAAUGUGAAGAAAAAUAUAAACCUAGUCAUUUACAUAAAUGGUCAAUUUUAGAUGGUGAUAUUGAUCCUGAAUGGAUUGAAUCUUUAAAUACAGUUAUGGAUGAUAAUAAAGUACUUACACUUGUGUCAAAUGAUCGUAUUCCUUUAACUCCAUCAAUGAGAUUGUUAUUUGAAAUUUCAAAUCUUAAGAAUGCUACUCCUGCUACAGUAUCUAGAGGUGGUGUCUUAUUUAUUAAUGAAACAGAUAUUGGUUGGAUGCCAUAUAUGAAUAGUUGGUUAGAAAGAUCAUUUGAAAAAUGUGUAGUGAAAAGAGAAGGAUUGAUGGGAUAAGUACCAUAAUCACCUCCUAUUGAUGAUAUUGCUAAAUCUGUAUUCUAUAGAUGUUUCUAAUAAUAUUUUGAAACUAAUCCAGAUAUUAGAGAUAAGAGUAAAGUCAGAUUAAUAGUUCCAUAAGUUGAUAUUGCUUAAGUAAUGACUAUCUGUAUGAUUUUGGAUGCAUUACUUUUAGAAACAGAGUACUCAAAGCUUUCUCAAAUGAAAGAAGAUGAUCAAAAAAUGAUAUAUGAAGCUUAUUUCAUAUAUGCAGGAAUGUGGGCUAUUGGUGGUUGUUUUGGAGGAGGAUAAGAUGAUGAAAAAGAUAUGAAAGAUUUUAAUUCUGUAUGGAAAGCAGCUGCUAAAGUAAGAAUGCCAGAAUAAGGUAUGUGUUUCGAUUAUUACUUUGAUUUUGCUGAAUAAAAAUGGACUCAUUGGUAAGGUAAAGUAGUACCUUAUAUUGCUACUGAUGAAGCUAUCUUUUCUAAAAUUUAUGUUGCUACUUUACAUACAACUAGAUUAAGAACUUUAUUAGAUUACCAUCUCAGAAGAAAGAAAUGUGUCUUAUUUGUAGGAUCUGCAGGUACUGGUAAAUCUGCUGUUAUUAAAGAUUAUUUGAGUUAAACUAAAACAGAUUAAGUAUCAUAUAAAACUAUCAACUUUUCAUCAUUUACUGAUUCAUUAGCAUUAUAAAAGAAUAUAGAAUCUAUGGUUGAAAAGAAAUCUGGUAGAACUUUUGGUAGUGCUACAGGAAAAGCAUUAAUUUGUUUUAUUGAUGAUAUGAAUAUGCCAUAUGUAGAUAAAUAUGGUACAUAAUAACCUAUUUAAUUAUUAAGAUAAGUAGUAGAUUAUGGAAGUGUUUUCAAUAGAGAAUAAUUAGAAGAAAGAAAAUUCCUUUAAGAUUUACUCUUCUUUAGUGCUUUAAAUCAAAAAUCAGGAUCUUUCAUUAUAGAUUUAAGAUUAUAAAGAAACUUUUCUGUAUUCACUAUGUAUACACCUAAUGCUGAAAUCAUUAAAACUAUUUUUGGUGCUAUUUUAAAUAGUCAUUUAGCUACAUUUGAUGAUAAAAUACAUAAGUUAUCUGAUAAAUUAAUUGAAGCUACAAUUCAUUUAUUUAAUAAAGUUCUCAAAGAUACAAGAUAUUCACCUUCAGCUAGAAAAUUCCAUUAUUAAUUUAAUUUUAGAGAACUUGCUAAAGUUGUAGAAGGUAUAAUGAGAUCAACUCCUAAUUAAUAUAGAGGAUAACCAAAUAGAAUGUUAAGAUUAUGGGCACAUGAAUCUAAAAGAGUAUUUGAAGAUAGAUUUAUUAAUGAAGAAGACAUAAAAGUAUUUAGAGAUUAUGUUAAAGAUGCAAUGGUAAAAAAUAUUGGAGAACCAGAUGAUAAAGAUAAUCCUUUAGAAGAACCAAAUGUAUUUACAAGUUUUGUUGCAGCUCAUCAUGGUCAUGAAUCAUAAUAUACAAAUUGUGAUUCUGCAACUUUAAAGAAAGUAUUAGAAGAUAAAUUAAGAGAAUAUAAUGAAGUGAAAGCUAUGAUGAAUUUAGUGUUAUUCUAGUAGGCUAUGGAACAUGUUUGUAGAAUAGCACGUAUAUUAGAAUUACCAGGAGGUAAUGCAUUAUUAGUUGGUGUUGGUGGUUCAGGUAAAUAAUCACUUACAAGAUUGGCAACAUUUAUUUUAGGAUAUGAAGCUGAUCAAAUGGUAGUUACAUCAAAUUUCACUAUAAAUGAUUUAAGAAAUUACUUAUAAGAAAUCUAUAAGAAAGUAGCUAAACCAAGUGCAGGAAGUAGAUGUUAUAUUUUGACAGAUUCUCAAAUCAAAGAGGAAAUCUUUUUGAUUCCCAUAAAUGAUAUGUUAAAUUCUGGUUGGAUAUUUGAUCUUUUCCCUAAAGAAGAUUAUGAUAAUAUGAUUUAAGGAUUAAGAAAUGAAGCUAAAGGAGCAGGUAUAUUAGAUAAUUUAGAAUCAAUUACUUAAUACUUUUUAGAUAAAAUGAGAAAGAAUCUUCAUGUUGUAUUGUGUUUCUCUCCAGUUGGUGAUACUAUGCGUAUUAGAUCUCGUAAAUUCCCAGGUAUUAUCAAUUCAACAAGUGUUGAUUGGUUCCAUCCAUGGCCAAAAGAUGCACUUAUAGAUGUGUCAUAUAGAUUUAUUAGUGAAGUUGAAUUGGAUACUGAUGAUCUUAGAAAAAUCAUUUCACUUCAUAUGGCUGAAGUCCAUCUUUCAAUUGAUUAUGCUAAUUAGAAAUAUUUGUAAUUAGAAAGAAGAUAUAAUUAUACUACACCAAAAUCAUUUUUAGAAUUGAUUGAAUAUUAUAAGAAAUUAUUGGGUGAAAAGAGAGAAUAAAUUCUCAAAUAAAUUAAGAGAUAUGAAUAAGGUUUAUAGAUUUUAGCUGAUACAUAAAGCAAAGUAUAAUUAUUAUAAGGUGAAUUGAAAAUCAAAAUGGUUGAAGUUGAUAAAAAGAAGAGUGAAACAGAUAUUUUAAUUGAAAAAGUAGGUAAAGAAUCUGCUGUUGCUGAAGUUGAAUAAAAGAUUGCUAAUGAAGAAGAAGAAAAAACUAAUACUGCAUCAAAAGCAGCAGAAGAAUUAGCAGAAACUGCAAGAAUUGAAUUAGAAAAAGCAAUACCUGCUUUAGAGAAAGCCAAAGCUGCUGUUGAUUGUAUUAAGAAACCAUAAAUUACAGAAAUGAAAUCUUUAGGUUCGCCUCCUACUGGUGUGUUAACAACUGCAAGAGCUGUCUUAAUAUUAUUAGGAGAAAAGAUUACAUUAUAAGAUCCAGAAGAUAAAUUAUGGAAAAAAUCAUAAUAAGUCAUGAAUAAUCCAUAAUAAUUUUUAGAUAGAAUUAUUGGUUUUAAUGGUAAAUAAAUUGAUCCAUAAAUUUUGGCAUCUGUUAAUAAAAUAAUAGAAGAUCCAGCUAUGAAAUUUAAUGAAGAAUCUAUGAAAGGAUAAAACUUUGCUGCUUCAAAAUUAUGUGCUUGGGCUGUUAAUAUUGUUACUUUCAAUACAAUUUUCAAGUUGGUUGAUCCACUUGAAAAAUCAAGAGAUGCUGCUAUGGCUGAUUUAGAAUAAAAAAAGAAAGAAUUAGCUGUUGUUAAAGAAAAGGUUAGAGCAUUGAAUGAAAAAGUUAAUAAAUUAAAACGUGAUUUAGAAGAAGCUGAAAGAGUUAAAUAAUUAGUAGAAGCUGAUGCUAAUGCUUGUUAAGAGAAAUUAUCAGCUGCUGAAAAAUUAGUGAAUGGUUUAGCAGGUGAAAAUAAACGUUGGGGAGAAAAUGUAAAAGAAUUAUCUAGUAAUAUUAAAUCUGUUGUAGGAAAUGCAUUAUUGGCUGCAGCCUUUGUUUCAUAUAUUGGAGCAUUUUCAGCUAAAUUAAGAUUAGAAUUAUGGUCUAAGAUAUGGUUGAAUGACUUAUAAGCUAAAUAGAUUCCAUUAACAUAAGGUAUUGAUCCACUUAAAAUCUUAACAACUGAAGCUAAAAUUGCUAGUUGGAAGAAUGAAGGAUUGUAAUCAGAUUAAAUGUCAUUGGAAAAUGCAUCAAUUAUUAGUGCUUGUUCAAGAUGGCCACUCAUUAUUGAUCCAUAAUUAUAAGGUUCAGUUUGGAUUAGAGGAUCAUAAGGUGAUAAUUUGGUUACUAUAAAUGUCAGUUAAAAUAAGUGGUUGUAAUAAUUAAAUGCUUCUAUUCCUAUGGGUAAAGCAGUAUUGUUGGAAGGUAUUUAAUAAGAAAUAGAUGCCACACUUGAUCCUCUAUUGAGUAGAGCUAUUGUUAAGAAAGGAAAGAGUGCUUAUUUAGAAUUAGCAGGUGAAUAAAUUGAUUAUGAUUCAAAAUUCAAACUAUUUUUAAUGACUAAAUUGUACAACCCACAUUUCAGACCAGAAAUAGCUGCAUAAUGUACUAUUAUUAACUUUAUUGUUACUGAAUCAGGUUUAGAAGAAUAAUUACUUGCUGCUGUUGUGAAUAUUGAAAGAAAUGAAUUAGAAAUGAAGAGAUCAGAAUUAGUAAAAUAAUAAAAUGAAUUUUCAGUAUAAUUAGAUAAAUUAGAGGAAAAUCUUUUGAUUUAAUUAUCAGAAGCUGAUCCUUCAACUAUUUUAGAAAAUAAGAGUUUAAUUGCAAAUCUAGAUAAUACUAAAUAAACAUCUAAUACAAUUACUGAAUAAAGUAAGAUAGCAAAAGUAACUGAAGUUGAAAUCAAUCAAUAAAGAGAAAUUUAUAGAAUUGUUGCUGCUGAAGGUGCUAUGCUUUAUUUCUUAGUAAUUUAAUUAAGUGUUAUGGAACAUAUGUAUCAAUAUUCAUUAGAAUCAUUUAAUAAAUUCUUCUUCAAAGCUAUUGAAAGAACAACUAUAAGAGAUGAAACAAGAACUGAAGAAUUAAGAAAGAAUAUUAGAUAUACAAUUUAUUAAUGGAUAAGUAGAGGAUUAUUUGAAAAACACAAAUUAAUAUUUUUAACUUUGAUUACAUUUAGAUUAAUGUAAAAGAAAGUAAUUGAAGUAGUUUAUGAACCAGCUGAAAUGGAUUUCCUUAUUAAAUGUGUACCUAGAGCAGGUGUUGAAAAUAAUUUAGAUUGGUUAUCAUAAAAUGCUUGGGAUUCAGUACAAGGAUUAAUUUAAUUAGAAGAAUUCAAAUUGUUUGCUUAAAAUAUGGAAAAAGAUGCUCCAAUAAGAUUUAAAGAUUGGUACAAUGAAUUAUAACCAGAAGAUGUUAAAUUACCAUUUGAUUGGAAGAGAUUAGAUUAAAUGCCAUUUAAAAAAUUAUUAGUCUUAAGAUGUUUAAGACCAGAUCGUAUUACAUCUGCUUUAACUAAUUUCAUUAGAUAAGCAUUACCUUAAGGUGAAUCCUUUGUUGAAAUGGAUUCAAAACUUAACUUUUCAGAUGUUCUUUCUGGAUCAGUUGAUGAUUCAGAUGCAACUAUUCCAAUUUUCUUCAUUUUAUCUCCAGGAGCAGAUCCUGUAAAGGAAGUAGAAAAAUUAGCAAGAUUAAAUAAGAUUGAACCAGGAAAAUCAUUUUGGAAUAUUUCAUUAGGAUAAGGUUAAGAUGAAAUUGCUAGACGUAGAAUUGAAGAAGGUAAUAAGGAAGGACAUUGGGUUAUGUUAUAAAAUAUUCAUUUAAUGCCUAAAUGGUUAUUAGAAUUAGAAAAGAUUUUGGAUUCAUUUACUGGAGAAUAAGGUGGUGGUAAUCCAAGAUUUAGAUUGUUUUUAUCAGCUGAACCUUCAAGUGGAAUUCCUAUUGGAUUAUUGGAUAGAUCAAUUAAAUUGACUAAUGAACCACCUGCUGGUUUAAGAGCUAAUAUGAAGAGAGCAUGGGCUUAUUUCAGUAAAGAUGAAAUUGAAGACAAAGAUCCUAAAAUUAAAUCAAUUCUCUUUGGUUUAUGUUUCUUCCAUUCUACUGUUAUUGAAAGAAGACGUUUUGGACCUAAAGGAUGGAAUAUGUCUUAUCCAUUUAAUAUGGGAGAUUUGAGAGAUUCUUAUUUAGUCAUGAAUAGAUAUAUGGAAUAAGGAGCUGGUGGUAAAGUGCCAUUUGAUGAUUUAAGAUAUAUCUUUGGUGAAAUUAUGUAUGGUGGUCACAUUGUAGAUGAUUGGGAUAGAAGAUUAUGCAUGGGUUAUUUGGAUAAUAUCAUGCAUGAAGGAAUAUUUGAUGAAUUGGAAUUAUUCCCAUUCAUUGAAGGCAAGAAUUUAUCAUUCAAAGUUCCUCCACCAAAUAAUUAUGAAAAAUACAUAGAACAUAUUGAAUAAGUACUCACUUAAGAAACUCCUCUUGCUUAUGGAUUACAUUCAAAUGCUGAAAUAGGUUUCAGAACAUAAUAAUGUUUAACUCUCUUCUCUACACUUUUNCAUUUAGAUUAAUGUAAAAGAAAGUAAUUGAAGUUGUUUAUGAACCAGCUGAAAUGGAUUUCCUUAUUAAAUGUGUACCUAGAGCAGGUGUUGAAAAUAAUUUAGAUUGGUUAUCAUAAAAUGCUUGGGAUUCAGUACAAGGAUUAAUUUAAUUAGAAGAAUUCAAAUUAUUUGCUUAAAAUAUGGAAAAAGAUGCUCCAAUAAGAUUUAAAGAUUGGUAUAAUGAAUUAUAACCAGAAGAUGUUAAAUUACCAUUUGAUUGGAAGAGAUUAGAUUAAAUGCCAUUCAAAAAAUUAUUAGUCUUAAGAUGUUUAAGACCAGAUCGUAUUACAUCUGCUUUAACUAAUUUCAUUAGAUAAGCAUUACCUUAAGGUGAAUCCUUUGUUGAAAUGGAUUCAAAACUAAACUUUUCAGAUGUUCUUUCUGGAUCAGUUGAUGAUUCAGAUGCAACUAUUCCAAUUUUCUUCAUUUUAUCUCCAGGAGCAGAUCCUGUAAAGGAAGUAGAAAAAUUAGCAAGAUUAAAUAAGAUUGAACCAGGAAAAUCAUUUUGGAAUAUUUCAUUAGGAUAAGGUUAAGAUGAAAUUGCUAGACGUAGAAUUGAAGAAGGUAAUAAGGAAGGACAUUGGGUUAUGUUAUAAAAUAUUCAUUUAAUGCCUAAAUGGUUAUUAGAAUUAGAAAAGAUUUUGGAUUCAUUUACUGGAGAAUAAGGUGGUGGUAAUCCUAGAUUUAGAUUGUUUUUAUCAGCUGAACCUUCAAGUGGAAUUCCUAUUGGAUUAUUGGAUAGAUCAAUUAAAUUAACUAAUGAACCACCUGCUGGUUUAAGAGCUAAUAUGAAGAGAGCAUGGGCUUAUUUCAGUAAAGAUGAAAUAGAAGACAAAGAUCCUAAAAUUAAAUCAAUUCUCUUUGGUUUAUGUUUCUUCCAUUCUACUGUUAUUGAAAGAAGACGUUUUGGACCUAAAGGAUGGAAUAUGUCUUAUCCAUUUAAUAUGGGAGAUUUGAGAGAUUCUUAUUUAGUCAUGAAUAGAUAUAUGGAAUAAGGAGCUGGUGGUAAAGUGCCAUUUGAUGAUUUAAGAUAUAUCUUUGGUGAAAUUAUGUAUGGUGGUCACAUUGUAGAUGAUUGGGAUAGAAGAUUAUGCAUGGGUUAUUUGGAUAAUAUCAUGCAUGAAGGAAUAUUUGAUGAAUUGGAAUUAUUCCCAUUCAUUGAAGGCAAGAAUUUAUCAUUCAAAGUUCCUCCACCAAAUAAUUAUGAAAAAUACAUAGAACAUAUUGAAUAAGUACUCACUUAAGAAACUCCUCUUGCUUAUGGAUUACAUUCAAAUGCUGAAAUAGGUUUCAGAACAUAAUAAUGUUUAACUCUCUUCUCUACACUUUUAGAAUUACAACCAAAAGAUAGUGCUAGUGAUGAGAAUGCAAGUGGUAUGAGAACUAAGAACGAAAUUGUUUAAGAACUUAUUAAAUAAUUGGCUGAAGAUAUUAACUUAAAAUCUAUGAUAUUUAAUAUUGAUGAAAUUAAGAAUAAGAUUGNCAUUUAGAUUAAUGUAAAAGAAAGUAAUUGAAGUUGUUUAUGAACCAGCUGAAAUGGAUUUCCUUAUUAAAUGUGUACCUAGAGCAGGUGUUGAAAAUAAUUUAGAUUGGUUAUCAUAAAAUGCUUGGGAUUCAGUACAAGGAUUAAUUUAAUUAGAAGAAUUCAAAUUGUUUGCUUAAAAUAUGGAAAAAGAUGCUCCAAUAAGAUUUAAAGAUUGGUAUAAUGAAUUAUAACCAGAAGAUGUUAAAUUACCAUUUGAUUGGAAGAGAUUAGAUUAAAUGCCAUUCAAAAAAUUAUUAGUCUUAAGAUGUUUAAGACCAGAUCGUAUUACAUCUGCUUUAACUAAUUUCAUUAGAUAAGCAUUACCUUAAGGUGAAUCCUUUGUUGAAAUGGAUUCAAAACUUAACUUUUCAGAUGUUCUUUCUGGAUCAGUUGAUGAUUCAGAUGCAACUAUUCCAAUUUUCUUCAUUUUAUCUCCAGGAGCAGAUCCUGUAAAAGAAGUAGAAAAAUUAGCAAGAUUAAAUAAGAUUGAACCAGGAAAAUCAUUUUGGAAUAUUUCAUUAGGAUAAGGUUAAGAUGAAAUUGCUAGACGUAGAAUUGAAGAAGGUAAUAAGGAAGGACAUUGGGUUAUGUUAUAAAAUAUUCAUUUAAUGCCUAAAUGGUUAUUAGAAUUAGAAAAGAUUUUGGAUUCAUUUACUGGAGAAUAAGGUGGUGGUAAUCCAAGAUUUAGAUUGUUUUUAUCAGCUGAACCUUCAAGUGGAAUUCCUAUUGGAUUAUUGGAUAGAUCAAUUAAAUUGACUAAUGAACCACCUGCUGGUUUAAGAGCUAAUAUGAAGAGAGCAUGGGCUUAUUUCAGUAAAGAUGAAAUUGAAGACAAAGAUCCUAAAAUUAAAUCAAUUCUCUUUGGUUUAUGUUUCUUCCAUUCUACUGUUAUUGAAAGAAGACGUUUUGGACCUAAAGGAUGGAAUAUGUCUUAUCCAUUUAAUAUGGGAGAUUUGAGAGAUUCUUAUUUAGUCAUGAAUAGAUAUAUGGAAUAAGGAGCUGGUGGUAAAGUGCCAUUUGAUGAUUUAAGAUAUAUCUUUGGUGAAAUUAUGUAUGGUGGUCACAUUGUAGAUGAUUGGGAUAGAAGAUUAUGCAUGGGUUAUUUGGAUAAUAUCAUGCAUGAAGGAAUAUUUGAUGAAUUGGAAUUAUUCCCAUUCAUUGAAGGCAAGAAUUUAUCAUUCAAAGUUCCUCCACCAAAUAAUUAUGAAAAAUAUAUUGAACAUAUUGAAUAAGUACUUACUUAAGAAACUCCUCUUGCUUAUGGAUUACAUUCAAAUGCUGAAAUUGGUUUCAGAACUUAAUAAUGUUUAACUCUCUUUUCUACUCUAUUAGAAUUGUAACCAAAAGAUAGUGCUGGUGAUGAAAGUACAAGUGGUAUGAGAACAAAGAAUGAAAUUGUAUAAGAACUUAUUAAAUAAUUGGCUGAAGAUAUUAACUUAAAAUCUAUGAUAUUUAAUAUUGAUGAAAUUAAGAAUAAGAUUGAUGCUGAAAAUAAAGGUCCUUAUUAAAAUGUAUUUUUGUAAGAACUUGAAUAUAUGAAUUACUUAUUAAUUGAAAUUGUAAGAUCUAUGGAAGAAAUUGAUCAAGGUUUCAGAGGUAUUCUUACAAUCUCAGAAUAAAUGGAAUCAAUUAUUGAUGCCAUUGCUUUGAAUAGAGUACCAACUGUUUGGGUUGCAUUGGCCUAUCCUUCAAAGAGAGGUUUGGCAUCUUGGUUAACAAAUCUACUCAAGAGAAUUGAAUAACUCAAUCUAUUUAGAGAUGAUCCUUAUGCAAUUCCUAAAGUCACUAUGAUUGGUAGAUUCUUCAAUCCUUAAUCAUUCUUGACAGCCAUUAAAUAAGUUAUUGGUAGACAAAGAGCUCAAGAAUUAAAUAGAUUAUACAUAGCCACUGAAGUAACCAAAAAGAGUAUUGAAGAAAUUGAUUAGACAGCCAAAGAUGGUGCCUAUGUAUUUGGAUUCGUAUUAGAAGGAGGUAUAAAUUUCAUUUUAAUUUUUUCUAGCUCGUUGGGAUGUAGUUACAGGUUAACUUGAAGAAUCCAAACCUAAAGAAAUGUUUAGUGUCCUACCUGUUGUUUACUGUAAAGCACUAAUGGUACCAGCAGAAGGCAAAGAAGAUAAAGCUCUUUAUUAAUGUCCAUGUUAUAGAACUGAAGACAGAGGUAAUACCUACAUCUUUACUGGACAACUCAAAACUAGACUCAAUCCAAGAAAAUGGAUUUUAGCUGGUGUAGCACUUCUUCUUGAUGUUGAAGGAGUCUCUGAUGAAGCUGCUGCUGCUAAAAAGGAAAAGAAGGCUUGAAACUCAUUAUUAAAUUUUAUUAUAUAUUAAUUUAAUCAAUU